AUGGAUACUUGGAUGUUUGUUGGAGCUUGUUUGCAUAUAGCGAGUGAUCAGUCAAGUUUUAAUGCAGUGAUGAUCACCGUGCAAGAAUGCUUGGGGCGGGAAUUAGAAUAUAUUCGUUUACGCCACUUGAUAAAAUCCAACAUAGGUUUCGCUUUGGUUAAUGGAUUUGCAGUUGGUGAACAAGGCGCUGACUUUUUCGCGCAGGAAGAAACAAUGGCUUAUAUUGUUAGCUAUAUGUGGCGUCUCCUGAUUUCGUUAGCUGAGUUGGUAUCGGAAUCCGCGGAGACGAUCAAUGUUCUCUCCAAGAACUUGAAGGAGUUUUUGCAAUACGAUUCUGAUGAAGUGCCGAAUAGUUUGAAGCAGAUUUCAAAGAUUGUGAGAUCAGAGGAAUUUUCCCAAUCUUUAAUUAGGAUUACCAAGACUUUAACAGUUGGGGUUUUAAGAGGUUAUAAGUUAGACUCAGGGAAUGAGGAUAAAUUUGAACCCGGUUCUGAGAAUUCCAGCUUUACUGAUAGGGUGUUGGAUAGGGUUUUCUCAAAUGCUGGGACUGGUUUUGUAUAUGUUGUUGUUGGUAGUUUUGCUAGGAAUAUGGUUAUGGGGUUUUACUCUAGUGGUGGAGCAAUGGAGGGGUUGAAUGGGAACGAUGGAUCAGCUAAUGUUCCCAAAUGGGUUAACUUGAUGCUGUUGUUGUUAAUGCUUAAUCCCACCUACAAUUGGACAUAUUAG